UAUGCACUAGUACUUAAUGAUUAAAAUUCAAUCCGUAUACGCCGAGUACUGUCGGCCUCUGGGGCACAUUUUCCAGGGAUCUGGAUCCGUCUCCUCCCCACCAAAUCCAGACCCUAGCCUGUAUAUAACUGAUUAUACUACUUGGCCCACUCGAAUGUCUCGCGACAGGAUCUGUGCUCACUGUGUUCCUGGUGGGUUACUGGUGUUUCAUUGUUUUGUCUACAUGUGGAACUCCAACACUGCACGAGUGGGGAUGGUUAAUUUGGCAUAUUAUGAUUGAG